AAAGCAUCCCUGCCUACCCCAAGGCCUUCAAGUUCCUUAUGGGAUCUGUCACUGAUCUGUUGAAUUUCCGUGGCAAUGAUUUGUUUCCUGACGAAACCAUCGUAUGGGGAUGCGAAAUCAAUAAAGACAAACUAAUUAAUGACGAAAAGUCUGGCAAGAGCUACUACAUGAACCUAGAAAAAAGAGUCUACUGUGAGUUCUCAAGUCGAGAGGAGAUGGAAUACAGUUUAAAGCGCAAACGCGUGAGUCUGAAAAGAGCGAUUGAAGUCUACAUGGAAGAGGGCACCAUGUCCAUAUCUGAUGUCAGUCUGCCCGCUGGAGAAGCCGGGUGCCAAAGUAGAAACCCUGAAUAUCAAUCAGAAACCACGAAGCCUUCCUGGAACGAGAUGACAAAUAACCCCAAACGCUUUCAUGUGAUUUUUGACAUGCUGGAAGACCUUAAAGGGGCUAUUCAUGGUGGCAUAGAUAUCCCAAAGUCCAUGUCAAGGAUCGUCCAAUUCAGUCAAGGAAAAUGGUAUACAACCAAUGGAAAUGGAGAGUUUCAUCUUUAUGAUGGUUUUAACAAUGGUGGAAGUGGUGACAAAUCCAAUAAGAAAAUCUCCAUAUUUGGUCUCGUUCUGCAGUAUGACGAAAGCGAAGGUAGUCUUACUCUAAACCAAGCAGAUUAUGCAGUAUCUCAAAGGUAUUUUCCAGAACUUAGUGAACUUUUGAAGGGAAGACAGCUCGCAAGGGUCGAGUGGCCAACAGCUAAUUCUUUCACAGAAAGAAAUCAACGUGCUUUAGGGCAUUUACCGUGUAAUCUCCAGUGGUCGAACGGGCUCAGGUUUGACCCAAGUGACCGUGAUGGCAAGUGCCUUCAUUUCACAGCUUCUACAAAAGGUGCUCUGUAUGUAGUUUUCUCGGCAGUUCCCAGCAACAAGGACACCUGGUACUACGUCGAGAUAUCACCAUUUGGAGUUGCCAUCUACAAGUCACAACGACUUAAAGUAUCUACUGUCAAUACCAAUGCUGUAGCCUUAGGAGACGCCCUCUUGUACCAGUCAUACUUUGUCUGUGUUACUGAGUCAACAACAAGUACCGUCAUUGAGUAUGGCAAGUCCCAGGGCACCACCGACAGUGGAGAUGUCUACUUGACCAUGAUCGAUCACGAUCAGCCGCUACAUGUUCGCUUUUAUUCCUUUGCUAAUGGAGAAGAAUCAGCACAAAUAGUAGACUCUCAUGUUGUAUCUCGUAAGCUAACCACCUCAGAAUGUAAAGGAGAUACGUACAGAGAUAAGGAGGAGCCAAACUGUGUACAGAGAUGUCACGAAGCUUGUGCCCCUUUAACAGGAUGCAAGUCUCGUUCGCAAGGUAACCCAAAAGCGUCUGAAUGUAAUGAAUGUCGCUACGCGAAAGAUCAGAGUGAUGUCUGUAUUACCGAGUGUCCUGCUGGACAAAAGCCAAAUAAACAAAAAAACUGCAUGGAGUCUUUCGAUUUGAAAUUCAAGCAGGAUACAGGACUUGAACAUUCCGACAUAACUGGCUUUCCAACCCUAAACGAGAUGGCCAUCUGCUUUUGGAUUAACACCCAAGGCGCUGAGGACAGAAAUGAUUUUGCUUUGGAUUACGUAAACAAGGGUGCAGCUCACACCUUGUUCCAAAUCUCAGUUACUGUAUCUGACGAAGUGCACAUAGAUUAUUAUAUUGGUGAAAAAGGUAAAGAACCUAGAGGUGGACGCUUUCUGAAGUUCAAAAAAGACGAUAAAUGGCACCUAUUCUGUGUCAAUAGAGAAAGCAGCACAGGCAUCAUUAGUCUUUUCAUUGAUGGAAAAAACGCCUACCCUACUUUUACUCUCAUCGAACAGCCGGGAAGAGUUCCAGAGGCUGGAGGAACGAUGCAUUUGGGAGGAUUCAGGGAUAGAAAUUUCCGUGGCAAGAUAUCGGGUGUCAAUAUUUGGAACAGAUUGUAAACGGAAACUGAAAUUUCCAAAAUGGCAGAAUCCUGUGGCGACGCUGCAGGGAAUGUCAAAGAUUGGUUUGACAUCAAGAGGGAGCUGACAGUCAGUAAAUACACUUUAACCGCUCCCUCUGCUUGUAGGGCUAACAUCUGAGAGUCCAAAGAGCCGUUAGAUUCUGAAGACUUCGAAGCAGCUUUGCCAAUGAAAUGUAACAGAAUAUCGAUAAUCAAAAUAAAAGCUAAAUGUUAGAUGGAAA